AUGAAUUUCUUUGGGUCUAAACAACAAAGCAACGUGCAUAACAACUCUAAUCCAUCUAACAAUGAUGGAACUAAGAGUACCAACAGAGUAGGUGGCAAUGUAUUUUUUCCAAAUUUCUCAACUCAAAUGGCUACGCCUACCACUGCCGUGAGUUCAAAUUCUUACGCCAUGGGUACCACAGGAAUUACGUCGGAGAAUGUAAUAUCCCAAAUGAAAGCUAUGCAUGAACCAGCUGAACAACAGCAAUCGUCUAGUAUAUCUAAACCUGGUAUAAUAACAACGCCGGCAAAAGACGAUGUAUCAUAUUCAUCAUCGUCCGAUACAUCAAGACAAGUGACUUCAUCGUCAACAACAACAACAAAUUCUAACGUCGCGAAGGCCAAUUCUCUACAUCCAAUGAGUGUUUCAAAUAAAUCAGCUAAUGUCACUAAUAGUGCAACUACCACUGGGCCAGGAACUGAUAUUCCAAGAGGUAAAUUAGAGGUAACUAUCGUGGAGGCAAAGAACCUUUUUACAAUAUCGAACGACUCUGAACCAUACGUGGUUUGUACUUUUGAAAGUUCGGAAUUUAUUUCUAAUGGUCCAGAAUCUGUAAGCAAUGCAAAGUCUCCUGGUUCCAAUAAAGCUUGGAAUUCUGGUCUGCCAGUCAUUAAAGAAUACCUAAAGAAGAGACCGCUAUAUACACAUAGAUCCUCCUCUCAAUUAAACAAAAUGAAUAGUCAAGAUGGUGAUACCUCUAGUGGAUCGUUAGAACAAAAUGAUGGUUCUAAUCCAAUAUGGCAUCAUAAGACCACGUUUGACGUAUUAGGCGCUCACUCAGAAUUAGAUAUUUCUGUUUAUGAUGCUGCACAUGAUGAUAUGUUUAUGGGUCAAGUUAGAUUACGUCCAAAUAUUCAUACUACACAAUUUGCUUCUCAGGAUAAAUGGUAUCCUUUGAAGAGUAGAGUGCUUGACGAAAAUGUUACAGGUGACAUAUUAAUUAAAUGGGAAUAUUCUUCAACUAAGAAGAGACAUUAUGGGCCUAAUGAUUUUGAAGUGCUAAGACUUUUGGGUAAAGGAACCUUUGGACAAGUGUACCAAGUGAAAAAGAAGGAUACAAAAAGAAUAUAUGCAAUGAAAGUCUUAUCUAAGAAAGUUAUUGUUAAAAAGAAUGAAGUGGCUCAUACUAUUGGAGAAAGAAAUAUAUUGGUCACUACAGCAACAAAGGCUUCUCCAUUUAUAGUAGGUCUAAAGUUCUCAUUCCAAACGCCCACCGACCUGUAUCUGGUAACAGAUUUCAUGAGUGGUGGUGAAUUAUUUUGGCAUUUACAAAAGGAAGGUAGAUUUACUGAAGAAAGAGCUAAAUUUUACAUUGCUGAAUUAGUAUUGGCCUUGGAAUAUUUGCACGACAAUGACAUUGUUUAUAGAGAUUUAAAACCUGAAAAUAUCUUACUAGAUGCCAAUGGGAACAUUGCUCUGUGUGAUUUUGGUCUUUCUAAGGCUGAUUUGAAAGAUCGUACCAAUACAUUUUGUGGGACCACCGAAUAUUUAGCUCCAGAACUUUUAUUGGAUGAAGCAGGUUACACUAAAAUGGUAGAUUUUUGGUCACUAGGUGUUCUGAUUUUUGAAAUGUGUUGUGGUUGGUCUCCAUUUUUUGCUGAAGAUAACCAAAAAAUGUAUCAAAAAAUUGCCUUUGGUAAGGUCAAAUUUCCAAGAGAUGUGUUAUCACCAGAAGGGCGUUCGUUUGUCAAAGGUCUAUUGAAUAGAAAUCCCAAACAUAGAUUAGGUGCUAUUGAUGAUGGACGAGAAUUGAGGGCACAUCCUUUUUUCGCUGAUAUUGAUUGGGAUGCAUUAAGAGAAAAGAAAAUUCCACCUCCAUUUAAGCCACAUCUUGUUUCUGAGACGGAUACUUCCAAUUUCGAUCCAGAAUUUACUCAAACUUCAACAUCUUACAUGAAUAAACAUCAACCUAUCGCUGCCACUCCAUUAUCACCAGCUAUGCAAGCUAAAUUUGCUGGAUUUACAUUUGUUGAUGAAUCCACUAUGGACGAUCAUUAUAAUAAUGUCUACAGCAACCGUAAAUUUUUGCAAAGUUCAUAUUACAUGGAGCCCGGUUCAUUUAUCCCAGGAAACCCCAACUUGCCUCCAGAAGAGGAUGUCAUCGAUGAUCACGAAGAAGAGUUAAAGAAUGGGAAUAUUUCGGGGCAAAUUGAUUAUGAUGGUGAUCAACACAUGGAUGAUGAAUUUGUAAGUGGGAACUUUGAGAUCUAA